UGUAUCCAUGGAGCUGUUGUCUUCUCUAGUUUUCUACAUCUCCGUGUUUCUCUCUUUGGUUAAUAACACCUUCCGUCAAGCAAUCAUCAAUGAUGGCUUGAAAGGCUACCGUGAGCUGAAGCUUCCCGGUGUUACAGGCCCCGAAAGCUUAGCCUUCGACUGCGAUGGCGGCGGUCCAUAUUCCGGAGUAUCGGACGGCAGGAUUCUCAAGUGGAAUCAGACUCAGCAACAGUGGCUUGACUUUGCUAUCACCUCGCCGCACAGAGAAAGGAAAUUGUGUGAUGGGUCAACAGAUCCAAGCAGGGAAGAUGCAUAUGGGAGGCCAUUAGGGCUUAAAUUUGACAGCAAAACAUGUAAUCUUUACAUAGCAGAUGCAUGCUUAGGCCUCUUCAUGGUUGGGCCUAGUGGUGGUGUGGCCACACAACUGGCCAUUUCUACUGAUGAUGAUGCUGCUCCCUUCAAAUUCCUCAAUGCCUUAGACAUUGAUGAGCAAUCUGGUGUUUAUUUCUCAGAUAGCAGCACUUUAUACCAAAGAAGGGAAUGGCCGAAGAUAGUCAUCACUGGAGAUAGAACCGGGAGAUUGCUUAAAUAUGACCCAAGAAGCGAGAAAGUAGAGGUCUUGGUGGAAGGCUUAGCAUUCCCAAAUGGAGUGGCUCUAAGCCAAGAUGGGUCAUUCCUUGGGUGGCAGAGUCAAGUUCAGGCAAGGUUUACAAGGUGCGGCUGAAAGGGCCCAAGGCACACAGUUCAGGACUUUUUGUACAACUCAAGAGAGGCCCAGUCAACAUCAAGAGGGACAAAAAUGGAGAUUUCUGGGUGGGAUUGUACAGUGGUAGAAGUACAUGCAGUCAUAAAAAUGAAUGGUGGAAGUUAGAAGAAGACCCUGUGGGAGUGAAGCUUGAUGGGAAGGGAAAGACUUUGGAGGUAUUGGAUGGAAGAGGAGGUCAAGAACUUGAAUCGGUGAGUGAGGUAGUAGAACAUCAUGGGACUUUAUGGGUUGGGUCUGUUGUUAAAGAUUAUGUUGCUUUGGUUAAUAAGUAAUUUUAGCUUUAAAUGCAUAUAUAUUGCAAAUAA